GCCUAACACAAUAAACAUUUAUCGCCGGAGGGAUUAUCGUCGUGUGUUUAUGCAUCCCCUCAAUAUACCUGCAAUCCACUACCAAACUAAUUCACCACAAACAUCAACAAUUGUUUAUCCAACACGCUCAACCCCACUCUUCACGCGUUUCGCAUAACACCGGGCUUCCUACAACCCAUGGCAGUACGCAGUACAGCGGAGGAGAUGGACAGGCUCCAGCUAUCCGACGAUGAUUCUGAUGACCUCUGGAAUUCUCCCUCAAAAAGGCGAAGCAACAAGCCGACACACCAUAAAGUCCCAGAGGAGCGCAGCACUACACCCGACACCAGGCCCUCCCACGACGGUGAGACACUUUUAGAUCGCCAGGAAGCGCGCGAAGCCGCGUUGCAACAUGAAUUACAGACCGUCCGGAAUAUCAAUCAGGUAAUCGAAGGAUUACUGGGUAGUUUAGAUCGUGCGAAAGGGAAUAUGGAUACUGUUGCGCGCACUGUUGACUCUGCUUCGACUCUGCUGAACACAUGGACCCGUAUUCUAUCUCAAACCGAACAUAACCAGCGACUGAUACUCAAUCCCAACUGGCAAGGCGCACUCCAGGAUGUUGCGGAUAUGGAAAACGAAGAGCUCCUGCGUCAACAGGCCGCAGAAAGACGCGAACGAGAGUUGCAGCAGCAGAGAGAGGCAGCAGCACGAAAGGCAGAGGAAGAAGAGAAGAAGAGAGCUCUGGCAGGUAGCGCUAGAGGGACGCGUGGGACAACUACUCGAGGUAGAAUUGUCCGAACCACGGGCCUGGGAAGAACCCCGAGCGUGUCCUACUCCGGAACCAGCUCAAGCACAUCGAGAAUUGCAGCGAACCGAGGGGGUACUUCUACAACGACAUCUACACGCAGGCCAGUCAACAUAAUGAACUUCGCACCCUAUCAAGAUGAGUCUCCCGAGGUCGAGCGAGCCCUUUCGCCACCACUAGGCGACGCCAAUCGUUUCAAAUCGCCCGUUCUUCAGUCCCCGCGCGGAUCUCCCCGAUCCCCGGUGCGCAACCAGAUCCAUGGUGGCGGACAGGGAAACCAAGGGUAUGGACGAGAUGUCGAGGGUGGAAGAUGGAAUCUAGGAGCCUUUGAAACAAGCCUCCCGAUCCGGAUGGACGUUGAAGCUAUGCUGGCAUAUCUUCUUCUCCCUCCAGCGGGUGGGGUAUUCCUGUUGCUGUUGGAGCAUAAGAGCGACUAUGUUCGGUUUCAUGCUUGGCAAUCGAGCAUGCUCUUCACAGUCAUGUUUAUCGUCCAUCUUAUUUUCUCCUGGUCGAGCUUUCUUUCCUGGCUCCUAUUUAUUUGCGACCUCGGCUUGAUGGGAUUUCUGAGCAUGCGCGCCUAUCGGGAUGUCGACACGCUUGAACACUUUGAGGUUCCUAUAUUUGGGCGUCUCGCAAACUCCUUUGUGGAUAAUGAGUAGGGUCAAUCUUGCUUCAGCGGUCUUGCAUAUCAUGUUGUAAUACCCUUUUCUGUCUCUCUCUCGCUCUCUCUCUGGCGCGGAAUCUGGGUUGCCUGGCUGGAAGUGAGGAUUCAUGUACAGCAUUUGUUUUGAUCCCUGUUGCUUUGUCGUCUGUCCUUACUCCAUGUUGCGAUCCUUCUGUUCGGCCCUGGCCACCAUUUUUCAGCGUGCAUUUGACAUGACUCUCCUGUUAUUAUGGGUGUACUAUGCAUUGUUCAGUCUGUAACACUAACGGAGGAUAUUUCUUAAUACUGACAGACAUCUGAAAUACAUUCACAGAAUCUUUGUCUUUUUUGAGAGCAGACUUCCGGACUAAU